GCAUUUGUUACCAUGGAAACAGACAAACAUCUCCAAGUUUAAGAUGAUGUCGCUGACGGGCUUUAAACCAAAAAGUUUACUGUGAAACAGGUAACGUUGAUAGCAAAAACCGACGGCCAUGAGACUAUCUGGUUCCUCGACUUCAAGGAGCAGCUCUUUGACGUGCCGGUACCGCAGAAGAGCCCCCACCUCACAGGUGGACGAAAAUCUGUUUGGGAGCCCAAACCCGAUAUCAUCAGACAAAUGUGGGAAUCCAGUGUCCAAGGCCAAGGUUAAGUCCCAGAAGAACCAAGCAGAAGAGUCUGUUCAAAUCAUCACCAAAGACCUAAUUCGUAAUCUCAGGAUCCCAGGGACAGAUCCUUCAGGAGAGUCCAUCAUUCUUCCAUCAGCUGAGUUUGAGCGGAUUACCUCGGCAGCCCAGGUCCUCACCAAGGAGGAGAAGGAGGCCUUGAAGGAGGCUUAUCAGAAGAAGAAAGAAGAGGAAAUUAAAACUGCAGAUGAAAGGAAGCAUCAACUUUAUGUGGCAGACCUGUCCCGUCAAGAGAACCAUGCACUGACUGAGCUGGAGCUAGAGGCCCGGGACCGUGUGCAGCACUUGGUGGAACGGGCCAGUGCCUUGAGGAUGGAGCAAGAGGAGGAAGUCAAAAAGCUCAACAAGCUGAUCCUGGGUGCUCAGUGUCAAGCCACACGUGACGCCCAGAUCCAGGAGAAGAAACAGAUCCAGAUGGAGAUGUUAGAGGAGGAGAAGCGUCUGGAUGCCAUGAUGGAGGUGGAGCGCCGCAAGGCCUUGGAGACUGUUGAGCAGAUUGCUGAGCUGCACAAACAGCAGAGGAUCAGUGGAAUGCAGCAAAUUUAUGACCAGAUCCAGCAACGUCUGGAGGAGAAGCACCUGCAAGAUGAGCUGAAAGCGCAGGAGAGAGAGCAUUUACUAGAGAGCCAGGAGCGAAUGAACCUGGAAGACCUCAAGGCUCUGGAGAAGAAGAAGGAAGAGCUACAGCAUCUGCAGGAGGAGAUCAUGCGCAUCAAUGCUGAGACUGUGCGAGCCAAGGAGCAGAGGCGAGAGGAGGAGAAGCUGGCUGACAUGAGAGAUAUGGAAUACAUCCAAAAAAAGCUGGAGCGGGAGGCUGAAUAUGAAGCAGAGCAGAGACGAAUAAAGAAGGAGAAAGAGUUGGAGAUCGCAAGGCUAAGGGCCCGGCAAGAAAGAGCGAAAGACUACAAGGCAGAGCAGGAUGAGCUCCGUGCUCGGAGGAACCAAGAAAUUGCAGACAGACAAUGGAGGAGAAAAGAGAAAGAGCUGGCUGCAAAGAGAGCGCAGGAGCAAGCGAUGCUGAAGGCGUAUCGGUUGGAGCAGGUUCACCAUAAAGAGAAACUGCUGUCGAUUGAGGCUGGCCGGGAGAAGGCCACGUUUGAAAGUGUGUUGAAAGUGCAACAGGAAGCAAUAAUCAAACAGAAGGAGGAGGAGGAGAAGCAGCGUCAGAAAGCGCUCCAUUACUCAGACGCCAUCCGGCAGCAGAUGAAGGAACGUGAACUCUCAGCCAUAGCCAAGCGCAGAGAAACCUUUGAGGAAGCAGACAGACUGAUCGAGGAAGCCCGGCAGAGACGUGUGCGCCUCGAAGAAAUCAAGGAGAAGAAACUGAAGGAGCUGAAGGCUACAGGGCUCUCUGAAAAAUACUGCAGCGAAGUGGAGCGGAAGGUGCGGACCAGCGUACUCUGAGCCACUCCAUCACAUUUUACAGGAUCUCAUUAAAGAACGAAAAACGUUUAAAGUUUAACCUAAAUAAGAAUGUACCAGUAGAUUUCUUUGGCACUUUGUUCUACGAACAGCCGAUCAAUGGAAUGUGCACAUUUUAGUAGUUGAUGCUCUGUGUCGAAGCACUGGGUGUGGGGGGGAAAAAUGACCAGAAUAAAGCAAUUUGUUGAGACAUUUCUAGUUUCUCGCACAAACUGACUCCAUAGGAGACUUCUGUACAAUUUUUACUUUUUAUUUAGGCUAGUAUUUCCCUUUCAGUUAAGUCAUAUUCUUCCACUUAUCACUGACAGAUCCCCUUUAUUAUUAAUAUGUAUGAGAACAAAAAGGAAUUCAACUGAUGUUAGGAUGACACUACACACAGCUCAAAGCAGGUAAGGAAGUUAAGUACAUCAAGGUAAAUACAAGCUCUUAUUUCAGACCUUUCUUGACAAAGAACUGGAUGUACUGAGAGUCAAUUUCUUCAUCAUAACCAUCUAAACAUAACCUAAUGUUCAUGGAUCUAAUCAAGCUGUCAUUUAGAUGCCCAAGGUCCCACCAGCCUGUCUUCUGCCUCCUUCUUAACUUUAACACUGGAGGAAAUAGGACAGGGGAGUGGACGACGACAGAUGGGUGGGGUCUCUGUCAAAACAUUUUUGAGUCCAUCAUGUUCACGUCUGUACACGUGAACAAAAAACAAAAUCCAAACACACACACACACACACACACGGUAAUGGUGACUGAGGGAAACACCACAACACCUGGCAUACAUGGACCUCAGCAUGAGGAUUCAGAGUAAAUACACACACACGGUACGGUUAGGGGAUCUGGGGGCUUGGUAGCUGUGGUCCCGUCCUUGCACAUACACAGUCUCUCACACAAGCACUGUACACAGCACAAGAGGUCACCUAAAUACAUGGAGCCAACGAAGGAGCACUAACAUCUAGGAGGGUGGACUACCAGUCCGUUACAAGCUGAGAGGCCGUUGAAACUUCUUCAGACCAUCAGAUCACACUCACUCACACACAAACACACCCUCAUUCACACAGUGACCCACAUCUGUAUGCAUUUAAAACUCCAUAAAGCUACACGCCUGCGCAGAAUAUACUAUUAUACUUAGUGCUGCUAGCUAUAGCCAUUGAAAUGGCAAUAUAUGUUCAAAUAUUAUGUAACCUUUUUCUCCUCAGAAUAUACAAC